AGCGCUCAGAAAGAAUUUCACCGUGUUUGGGGUAGCAUCGCGUCGCGUGACCGCAGCAAAAGUCCACAAAAGUCCAAGGGUUUUGCUGGCCAUAAUAUCGACCAUUUUGAGUCCGAAUUCGAUUGUGUGUCGACUCAAAAGGCUAACAUGCUAAUGUAGCAUCGAAUCAGUUCGCAAAUUGUCCAACGAAAGCGAAAUCCAAACAAAUUGUUGCUCCAGCCGCCGGGCAAAAAAGCGUGGAUCCAUAAAAAACGAGCAUAAAUAAUUAAUUCCAAUAAACACAAAUACAUAAAAAUGUCGCCAUUCAUGGAGAAGACGUUGUUGUUGUUAGGCGUGCUCUGCUGCAUACAAGUGACCACUGCCCUGAUGUGCUAUGACUGCAAUAGCGAGUUCGAUCCCCGCUGCGGCGAUCCCUUCGAGCCGUACUCGAUUGGCGAGGUGAACUGCAGCAAACAGGAGCCACUGGAGCACCUCAAGGACAAGUACAAGCCCACCCUGUGCCGCAAAACCGUUCAAAAGAUUUAUGGGAAAACACGGAUCGUACGUGGCUGCGGAUACAUCCCUGACGAACACACCGACUCCAAGUGCGUGAGACGCUCGGGAACCCACGACGUGGCCGCCAUCUACUGCUCCUGCACCAAGGAUCUGUGCAACGGAGCCAACUCGCCCGUUGCCAAGUGGAUGAUGCUGCCCCUCGUCUUCGCCGCCGGAUUGGCGCUCCUGCUGAACUCGAGGCACACAAUACGAUUCCAGAGCUCGUAAAUUGAGCUCGAUCUAGCAUUUCACUGAGUUCACUUUUACCUAUCGUUUUCGACUUUGGUUUUAGUGUUUUUUCGAUUCAGAUCUGCAGUUGAUGCUCAUUUAGUUGCAUAAUUUACUUUAAUAUUUAAUUUAAUGUGUUCGUAAGCGUAAAAACAAUAAGAAUAAUACGGAAAUUAACUUACCUUAUGGGUUCACCUACAUUAUAUAAAGGACAAAAUGACAAAAAUAGGAAGGUAAACACACUUUUGGGGGCAGUAAUAAAUCCACAUUUUGUAAGCCUUUGUUCAAAAGUUAUUUUAAAAUACAGAAAAACUGCCAGUAAAUGUCUCCGCCUAAUAAAUUUCAACCUUUGACCCCUAAAACUUAAAUAAACAAUGCAGUACGCUAAUCUACAACAUAACUCAUAACUCAAAAUAAUAUUAAGUCGUUGAUGCAGAAAUUCUUUUCUGAUUCUGUAGCAGUUUUACCAUCUUUGCAUGAUAUCAGAAAAAGAAAGUAUUUCCUCAUUCAUGGCUUAUGACCCAUUUUUUACUCCAUUUUUUUUUUUGGCAAAUACUUGCAAAUGACCCAGCACAUCACAUAUUUAGUUCUUAAAUGGGGUAGGGCAAACCGAAAAAUCAAACCCUUUAUGAAAUCUGUUAGUGUAAAUUCUAAGGAUAAGAAACAUCUAUCUUUACGGCAAAGAAUUUUUACUAAUUAUGAUUCUGAACUCCAUGAUGCCGACUAAAAGUAUUAUUUCAAACUAUCCUUUUAUAAACGAGCCACAUCUUUAUUUAUUUUUUAUUCCAACUUAUGUUGUGGCCAUUAUCCCCAAUACACAAUAUUUUAUUAUUUUUUUUUAAACCAACAAAUGGGUAAGGAAAAUCCAAAGGCAAACCCUUUACGAACCUAUUAGUGCAAAUACUAAAUAUGAACAUCUGUCUUUACGGCAAGGAAUUUGCAAUAUUUAGGACUUUACACUCAUUUAAAGCCAGAAAAUCGAUUUCCAUAGAAAGCAAAAUAAGAGAAACGUAUUAAAAUUUAUAUGAUGAAAUAAAUGAAUGACAACUAUCUGAAAAACAAAAGAGAAUCCAUAAAUUAUUGAAUACAAAAAAGAAAAUAAAUUUUGUCCAUUAUAAGCUUCAUGCGAACUAAACCAAUGUAUACUAUAAAGCCAUGAUCCCGAUGCCAUUUCCAAAGGAGUUCUGAGAAAGUCUGGUGGAACUGGAAUUGCUAACAUGGCUGAUAUACAUAAAUCUUCCUAAUACUUUAGACGGAAAGUGCAUAAACAUUUUGAUUUGUGUCCCCAAUACAAAACACAAACCAAGGUACAGUCAACACAAAGCAUGGCAAGAUAUUAAUAAACAGAAACACUAGCCAACAUAUAAAAACCAGUUACAAACACAUCAUUUUGUGUAGAAAAAAAAAUAUAUAUAUACAUACAUGAAAAAUUGCAU